ACACCCGCUUAUUUCCGACCGUUUGCGUAUUUCGCACGGGGGUAUCGAUCAAAUACGGUAACCUCGACCGCCGAGACCGACUACCGGUUUAAUCCGAUACUCGGGGGCGGGAAGGCCUUAGUCGAGUAUCCUCGGCGACGAGAGCGAGGCGGGGGUUUCGUCGCGUCCGAAACAUGUCCGAGCGUCAGAGCGACUCGUACGACUCGAGACCUGUGACGUCCAGGAGGGAGAGGCCGCCGUUCAAGUUGUGCUUCUCGAGGAACCAACAAAUCGGACGGUCCAACGCUUGCAUAUCCAGAGUGAAUGCGGACUUCGUCACACCGAAAUUCUACUCGAGGGAGCUCGAAGAAAUGCAGCGAAAUGCGGACGUUAGUGAGACUGUCGAGAAAAUCGCCGCAAUGGAGAACAAGGUUCCCAGGGACUCGCAUAGAUUGCCCUUACUGACCAGUCACACGUAUGGCUGGUGGCAUGACAGGGGAAUCCAUCCGAAGGACCCGCGAUUUAAUUUUCAUAAAAGAACGUCGGAUCUAGUGAGCUUCCAGAUGAAAAUUUAUGCCGAGGAUCGGAAACUAAAAGGCCUGCAACAAUAAGUAACAAUAGCUUCGGUUAUUUAACAGUCGCGCUCAGCAUUGUGAAACUUGCACUUACCACGUACAACAUUCUUUUGUCACUCGAGCGAUGACCGUUCAAUAAAUCGUAAUUAUUCCUUAACAAUUUCUGGAAGUGAUGUUUGACUCAUCACGUCGUUUGGCGAUCUGGUAUCUUUAUUGCCGUACAUUCAGUUUUUUUUUCAUUUUCAACCUUAUAUCUUAGAUGAAAUAUAAAUUUCUCUUUAAUCAAGGUUCAUAAUUCAAUUCGAAAUUCUAUGAAAAUAUCUUACAUUCUAAU